AUGGUCCGGUUACCGCUGCCAACGCGACUGAAGAGCUCGCAUCUGGUCCCGCGGAGCACAACCACCACCCCGGGACAAAGCAGAAGUACUAGUCCUAUGCGAGCGCCGCUUGAUUCAAAGCCGCUCUUGCUGAAAGUCACCGUCAUUCGUGGUCGGAACCUUGCAGCUAAAGAUAGAGGUGGGACAAGUGAUCCGUACUUGAUUGUGAACCUGGGCGACGCGAGGCAGUCGACGCCAACGAUCCCGAAGACAUUGAACCCAGAAUGGAACGUCUCCUUCGAAAUGCCGGUCAUGGGCGUCCCGCUGCUUGAAUGUAUUUGUUGGGACCACGACCGGUUUGGCAAGGAUUAUUUGGGCGAGUUCGACAUUGCGCUGGAGGACAUCUUUACAGGGGGAGAGAUCGAGCAACAGCCAACAUGGUAUACCUUGAAGUCGAAACGAGCGGCCAACCCGACCCGACCAGCAACAACAAAGAAGAAGAAGAAGAAGGAUAGCAAUGUGUCGGGCGAGAUACUGUUGCAAUUCUCGCUGGCGGAUCCAUCGGACCCGACUGCGACAACUCACGACAUAUAUCGGAAGUUUAAACAGCUCGUCUGCGCGGAGGAGGACGAUAGCCUGGAUCAGAUAAUCCCAACGGCAGAGCUGGACGAAUUGGAUCAAGAUGAGGACACCUCUGAUGAGACCGACGACCCCUCGAAACCAGAAGUGGUUGAAAAGCGGCGGCGGAAAUUGCGUCUGGCACGUCUUCGACGCAAGUCACUAGCUGCCCGAGCAUACCAAUUCUCGGGAGCUGGUACGGGUGUACAGGGCAUUGUAUUUAUGGAAAUCAUCAAGGUGACCGAUCUACCUCCGGAACGAAAUGUGACACGUACAUCGUUUGACAUGGACCCUUUCGUUGUGACUUCUCUCGGAAGGAAAACGCUGCGGACACCUGUUGUGCGUCAUAACUUGAACCCUGUCUACCAUGAGAAGAUGGUAUUCCAAGUUAUGCGACAUGAGCAGUCAUACUCAAUAAGCUUCACGGUCAUGGACCGGGACAAGUUCUCCGGAAAUGACUUUGUCGCUUCCGCCAACUUUCCUCUACAGACCCUUAUUAAGACUGCGCCGGAGGCCGAUCCGGAAACGAACCUGUACCAGUUCGUUGAGCUGGAGGAAGUUGAAGCUCCUCCUCUCCCGGCGAAGUCGGCACGAGCUCCUCUCAGCUCCCACUCAUCGUCGGCCAGUCUUUCAAAGAUUACACGCCCAGCGCUGAAAUCGCGCAACUCAGCAACUUCUAUUUCAACACACUCUGUUCUUGAGGUCGCGAGUAAGGCUGCACCCACCUCUGCGCCAGUUGAAGCAAAUCAAGCAACCGAUGCAAGUAGCUCUACAUUGCAGGUUCCGUCUACUAUUUCUUCAUCUCUACCAUCUCCUACCUCCAACUUGGUCGAGCCAGAUGUAGUUCCGCCCCCUGAUGAAGAAGGCUUACGUCAAUAUAUCAUCCCUCUUACUCUUAAAAAUAAAGAGCGAAGUUCUGGAGAACUCAUGUUGAAACAAUACGAUGCAGACGAAAGUGGACGAAUCGACAAGAUCGAACUGACCACCAUGCUGGAUACUCUGGGCUCUACACUGAAGGAAUCCACCAUCGACAGCUUCUUCCAGCGCUUCAGCGACGAGAAUGGCUCCAAAGAAGGGGACCUUAGCUUUGAUCAGGCUGUCAUGUGUCUCGAAGAUACAUUGAAGGCAUUGCAGAAGAAAAACGCGCCACCCACGUCACCCGGUAGACCUCCACUUGGACCGUCGUCCGUUGGAAGUCAAGAAAUGAAAAUACCCCUCAGCUCGAGCAAUGAGGAUCUUCACCCGGACGACCUGGUCGACGAAAGAGGAGAGGAGCAUGUCGUUGAAAUCCGUGAAUGUCCUCUUUGUCAUCAGCCCCGCCUGUCAAAGCGUUCGGAUGCGGAUAUCAUCACGCACAUUGCCACUUGCGCUAGCCGUGACUGGCGUCAAGUUGACAACCUCGUCAUGGGUGGUUUCGUGACAUCUCUUAUGGUGGCUACAAACUGGGGGGCAAAUUCCGCCAACAUCCUUGUGCAAGACCGAAUCACUGGCCAGAUUAAUGAAGAGCGCAUGAGUGUCUACGUUCGUCUCGGUAUCCGUCUCCUCUACAAGGGUCUCAAGAGCAGGGAUAUGGAGAAGAAAAGAAUCCGUCGCGUCCUUCGAUCUCUCAGCAUCAAACAAGGCCGGAAAUACGACGACCCAGCAUCCGCCAGCCAAAUCCGCGAUUUCAUCAACUUCCACCAGUUAGACAUGUCGGAAGUGCUGUUACCUGUAGAGGAGUUCCGCACUUUCAACGAAUUCUUCUACCGUGCCCUGAAACCUGACGCGCGCCCAUGUUCCGCCCCAGACGACCCCCGAAUUGUCGUCUCCCCCGCUGACUGCCGCUCGGUGGUCUUCGAUCGCAUGACUGAAGCAACCAGCAUCUGGGUCAAGGGCCGAGAGUUCUCUAUCGAGCGCCUCCUAGGCGAUGCGUACCCAGAGGACGCACCACGGUACCGCAACGGUGCUCUGGGCGUAUUUCGUCUCGCACCGCAGGACUACCACCGCUUCCACAUUCCCGUAGACGGAGUUAUGGGCGAGCCGAAGACUAUUGAGGGUGAGUAUUACACUGUGAACCCGAUGGCUAUUCGCUCUGCGCUGGAUGUGUACGGCGAGAAUGUUCGUGUGCUGGUCCCCAUUGACUCCGUCGCCCAUGGUCGUGUCAUGAUUGUUUGUGUAGGUGCCAUGAUGGUUGGCAGCACCGUGAUUACCCGAAAGGCUGGCGAGCAAGUUGCCCGGGCCGAAGAGCUUGGGUACUUCAAGUUUGGCGGUAGUACGCUACUCGUCUUAUUCGAGGAGGGAGUGGUCAAGUUUGAUUCCGAUCUGGCUGAUAACUCCAAGGGUCCGUUGGAGACACUGAUCCGAGUUGGUAUGUCUGUCAGCCACAGCCCCGAGGUCCCCCAGUUCGAGGCGGACAUGGCCAAGAAGGCGGAGAAUAUCACGCAGGAGGAUAUGGAAGACGCCAAACGCCGGAUUGCAGGCAGUGUUGCGCCGCCAGACAAGCUUGCUACGGCUGCUAUUACGAAGUGA